UAUCGUCGCCCAUUUUCUCUUACAAAAGGCUUCCGAUUCUCUCUCUCUCUCUUCUGAGAGAUAUCUUCUUCUUUGGGUUUCUUGGAUUAUCAAAAAAGCGAAGAGAAAAGGCAAAGCAUCAUCGUCAUCGUCAUCGUCAUAUGUGAGAAUUUUUUACUACUUUUCCUCGGAUUCUGUGUUCAAUUAUUGUUCAAGAUUUAUAUACUUUCUGUUUUUGUCCAACUAAGUUUUACUCUGAAUUUUUCCAAGACAAUCUUGGUAAAUUAUUGGGGUUAGUUUAGUUUAGUUCGUAUACCUUGUGACCGUGAAUUAUUAUUGCUUAAAAGGGCACUCUUUUUUUCUUUUCUUUUUUGGUUGAUUUAUUUGUUGGUGAAGUUUGUGACAUUGAUGAUUGAUCUGGGUGUUUCCGGAGUUUUUGAUGUUUGAUAUUUAUGAAGGUUGAGUUGCUUCGAAAGUGGUUAGUCUGAUCUGCUCGUUGGUUUUGGGGUUCUGGGUGUGUUGGAGAUUUGGGAAUUUUAGUGGGACUUGAAGAUUGAAUUUUUAUAAUUUGAUGGUUGCUUUUGUGGAUUUGUUUUUUAUUUAUUUGAUACCUUAAGGAGCUCUAAACUGAUAAGGUAGAAUUACCCAUUUCGUGAAGCGAAGCCUUUGCUUUGCUUGCUAGGUUUGCGUCUUUAGACAGUUGAUUGAUACUUGGAAAUUUUGGAUUGUUUGUUAAGCUUCCAUUUUGGAUAGAUUUAACUGAUUUUAAGCUGAUUGAUUUGGAAUUUGGAUCCCGCAACAAUUUUGAAGUAUAUUAGAGGAUUCUUGAAAAGGGGUUGAUCGAUGGGGUUGUGUUGAGGUAAUUUAUUGUUAGAGGAUUCUUGAAAGGGGAUUGUUUGAGUUAAGGGAGUUGUGUUGAGGUAAUUGAUUUAUGAAUUGGAGGGGAUUAUGGCUGCGGGUAUGGAUUUAUCGCCUCCAUUUACCAUCUUAGAAGGUGGUUAUAAUAAGGAUAAUGUCUCAACCACGGAAGAUCAGAGCUCAGAGAAUUUGAAUAAGUUGAAGCAAAUGACAAAUGGGAAACCUCCACGGCACCUAUCUAUUGCCCGCCAUAGCAUUAGCUCUAUGAGGCUGCUGGGCUCACCUGAUUUGGAUUUGGACGUCAGUAUUGUUGCCAGUAAAUCACCUUCUGAUGAAAAGUCAGAUUUUUUACCUGUGUUUCGCUCAGGAAGCUGUGCAGAAAGAGGACCGAAACAGUACAUGGAGGAUGAACACAUAUGUUUAGAUAAUCUUAUAGAACAUCUAGGUGCCACAGCAGGCUUCCCUCAUCCUGGGGCUUUCUAUGGGGUAUUUGAUGGCCAUGGAGGUACAGAUGCUGCAUCAUUCAUUAGAAAUAACAUCCUUAGAUUCAUAGUUGAGGAUUCCCAUUUUCCAAUUUGUGUGGAGAAGGCAAUUACAAGUGCUUUUGUGAAAGCUGAUUAUGCAUUUGCUGAUGCUAGUUGUCUUGAUAUUUCCUCUGGCACCACAGCUCUAACUGCCCUGAUAUUUGGCAGGACGAUGAUAAUUGCCAAUGCUGGGGAUUGUCGAGCAGUGCUAGGGAGGAGAGGUAGAGCAAUUGAGAUGUCAAAAGACCAUAAACCCAAUUGCAUAUCUGAAAGAAUAAGAAUUGAGAAACUUGGUGGUGUCAUUUAUGAUGGCUACCUCAAUGGCCAAUUAUCUGUGGCUCGUGCAUUAGGAGACUGGCACAUGAAGGGCCCCAAAGGUUCUGCCUGCCCUUUAAGUGCAGAGCCAGAGUUGCAGGAGACACUUCUGACUGAGGAUGAUGAGUUCCUGAUAAUAGGCUGUGAUGGCUUGUGGGAUGUAAUGAGCAGUCAGGGUGCUGUGUCCAUGGCAAGGAAAGAACUUAUGCUCCACAAUGAUCCUGAAAGAUGUUCAAGAGAGCUGGUGAGAGAGGCACUCAAGCGCAACACUUGUGAUAAUUUAACAGUUAUUGUGGUUUGUUUUUCUCCAGACCCUCCUCCUCGAAUAGAGAUACCUCAAUCUCGAGUUAGGAGGAGUAUAUCAGCGGAAGGGCUGAAUUUACUCAAGGGUGUAUUGGACUGUAAUUCAGGAAAAGAAGGGGAAUGGCUGAAAGAUGGAUGUACAUACAUUGGGUGACAAUUGGUUGGCUGCAUUUUACCCCCUAAGCUGCCGCUACUUGCACUUUCUUCUGUCACCUUUUCCACGGCUGACACUGGGCUUCAUUCAUGGACUUAAGAUAUUGUAGGAUUUGAUUUUCAUUUCUUCUUUGAGUUUUAUAUCCUGUACAUCUCAGAAUAGUUAUGAAUUCAUUGUUUUUUGUUGUACCAAUAAGUAGAAUUCAUUGUUUGAUUUGGCCCAUUCUCCAUUUCCUAGUACAAAAACCUGAAAUUCUUUGAGCGCUCCA